GUAACUCGGACUUGGUUGAUGCAUGAAGCCCACCAAGGCAAAGGGAAAUCACAACAGGACAGAAAACAGGAACCUACCCUGUUCACACGGCCGUCCGACCUAAACACCAAGCCCCAGAGAUAUGGCUGAACCGCCAACACCAAGACAGUUAACAAUACGAGCCCAGCCGUAAUCCAAUGAGACACCGGCGGUACCCGCUCCCCCUUUUUCCCUCUGCUGUUGCCGACGGGAAUCUCAAUACUACCAUAGCCAUUCCCGGAGAGGAGAUAGUCGUCAGUCCUCGCCCUGCCAUCAUCCUGCUCGCCACCAUCACCAUCACCACUCAACCUCUGCCAGCGAUCCAGCUGCUGAACCAUGCCAACCAGGAGCUGAACGACAUGCACACCAUGUCACACCAGACACUUAUACCGCUGCCACUGUUGUUUCGGUCAGCAUUGAUCAUCACCAUCGACAUCAUCCCAAUACCAGACCUCAACAUCUCUUUAUGCUAUAAUAUUGUCAAAAAGCGGCAAAGAAAAGAAAGACAGGGGUUCGUAGAGUGUUCCAACAUUUGAAUCUGGAGCCUGACUGGGUUCCGCUCGAGUUUAAGGUAGAUAGUCCGGGCAACUGCCAGUCUGCUCGGUGCUGCUCCGACCGAUGUACCUCGAUUGACAUAUCUGUUACAAGGGGUAGGUAGUCGAGAGGAUGGUUUUUUA